AUGAUGAUAACCACCGACCACGUGUACACAACAGCACGUGGAGGACAACCACCGACCACGUGUACACAACAGCACGUGGAGGACAACCACCGACCACGUGUACACAACAGCACGUGGAGGACAACCACCGACCACGUGUACACAACAGCACGUGGAGGACAACCACCGACCACGUGUACACAACAGCACGUGGAGGACAACCACCGACCACGUGUACACAACAGCACGUGGAGGACAACCACCGACCACGUGUACACAACAGCACGUGGAGGACAACCACCGACCACGUGUACACAACAGCACGUGGAGGACAACCACCGACCACGUGUACACAACAGCACGUGGAGGACAACCACCGACCACGUGUACACAACAGCACGUGGAGGACAACCACCGACCACGUGUACACAAGGGCACGUGGAGGACAACCACCGACCACGUGUACACAACAGCACGUGGAGACCAACCACCGACCACGUGUACACAACAGCACGUGGAGACCAACCACCGACCACGUGUACACAAGAGCACGUGGAGAGCACCCACCGACCACGUGUACACAACAGCACGUGGAGACCAACCACCGACCACGUGUACACAAGAGCACGUGGAGAGCAACCACCGACCACGUGUACACAAGGGCACGUGGAGACCAACCACCGACCACGUGUACACAAGAGCACGUGGAGGACAACCACCGACCACGUGUACACAAGAGCACAUGGAGGACAACCACCGACCACGUGUACACAAGGGCACGUGGAGGACAACCACCGACCACGUGUACACAAGGGCACGUGGAGGACAACCACCGACCACGUGUACACAAGGGCACGUGGAGGACAACCACCGACCACGUGUACACAAGAGCACGUGGAGACCAACCACCGACCACGUGUACACAAGGGCACGUGGAGACCAACCACCGACCACGUGUACACAACAGCACGUGGAGACCAACCACCGACCACGUGUACACAACAGCACGUGGAGACCAACCACCGACCACGUGUACACAACAGCAUGUUUGAUUUUUUUGUCUAUAAGCCCCUAUGA